GCCUGGAAUUUCCCUGCAGCAGCCACUUCCCAGCCAGUGAAGCUGCCUUUCAUCUCUGUCCAGUCUGAGGAGUCCUGGUGCUCGUCUCCCACAUUUCUUCGAUCUUUCCAUCUAUUUGCAGGUUCCUGAUGGUGAGAAAAUAAGAAACAAAAUCAUCAAUUAUCAGCUGACAAUGCUGAAACUUCACCACUAAAGACUUGAGAUACCUGAGAGAGUGAGUUAAACAUACAAGCCCAAACCAUAGUCUCCCAAUCUGGUCAGUUCAUUCGUGGCUGUUCAGUAAAUCGCCUACAUCAGUCUGUUUACUGAAGAAAGGCUGCCUAAGAAUGGAUGAUGCUUACAUGGACAGGACUGCCCUCAAGAAGGGAGCCAAAGACAUUGCCAAGGAGGUUAAAAGACACACGGUAAAGAAGGUGAACAAAGGCGCGGACCAUCCAGAAGAAUACACCCAGAAGUAUUAUAGCCAUUAUCAAGAUGAUGAGGAGGACUACAAGUACAAAGGUGAAACUUAUGGUGAAGAAACUCAUGAAGAUGAAGGAUCAAGUGAAGCUACAGAAGGCCAUGAUGAUGAGGAUGAGAUUUAUGAAGGAGAAUAUCAGGGAAUUCCAAACCUGGCUCAAAACAAGGAGAACCAGGUAGCCAUAGGGCAACCAAUCUCGGAUGAAUACAAGGACCGUGAAGAGCUUGAUGCGGAGAGGAGAGCUGAUGAGGAGGAGCUGGCACAGCAGUACGAGCUCAUCAUCCAGGAGUGCGGACACGGUCGCUUCCAGUGGGGACUCUUUUUUGUCUUAGGAUUGUCUCUCAUGGCUGACGGGGUGGAGAUGUUUGUGGUGGGAUUUGUCUUGCCGAGCGCUGAGACAGAUAUGUGUGUAGAAAACGCCAGCACCGGAUGGCUUGGCAGUAUCGUGUAUGUCGGCAUGAUGUUGGGGGCGUUUUUCUGGGGCGGAUUAGCAGACAAGAUGGGUCGACGGCAAUCUCUCAUCAUCUGCAUGUCCCUCAAUGGGUUCUUCGCUUUUCUUUCAUCCUUCGUCCAGGGUUAUGGACUCUUCCUCUUCUGUCGAUUCUUCGCUGGAUUUGGGAUUGGAGGAGCAGUUCCAGUGGUAUUCACCUAUUUUGCUGAGGUCCUGGCUCGGGAGAAGCGUGGGGAGCACUUGAGCUGGCUCUGCAUGUUCUGGAUGAUCGGAGGGAUCUAUGCAUCGGCCAUGGCUUGGGCCAUCAUCCCUCACUACGGUUGGAGUUUCAGCAUGGGUUCUGCCUACCAGUUCCACAGUUGGCGAGUGUUUGUCAUUGUCUGCGCUCUACCUUGUGUCUCCUCUGUGGUGGCGCUCACCUUCAUGCCUGAGAGUCCUCGAUUCCUGCUGGAGGUUGGUAAACAUGAUGAGGCCUGGAUGAUUCUGAAGCAAAUUCAUGAUACCAAUAUGAGGGCCCGAGGUCAACCAGAGAAAGUUUUCACCGUUCAUAGAAUCAAGACUCCCAAACUGAUUGAUGAACUGAUCGAGAUCCAAACGGACACAGGCAGUUGGCAUAUGAGGUGGUUUGUUCGAAUCAAGACUGAAAUGUGUGGAAUUUGGAUGACAUUUACAAGGUGCUUUGACUACCCAGUUAAAAGGAACACCAUCAUGCUGAUAAUUGUUUGGACAACACUGUCCUUUGGUUACUACGGCCUCUCCGUCUGGUUCCCAGAUGUCAUCAAACAUCUUCAAGCUGACGAAUAUGCAUCCCGAGUGAAACGGUUUGACGGGGAGAGAGUAGAAGAUUUUGUAUUCAAUUUUACACUGGAAAACCAGAUCCACCUCAAUGGUGAAUACAUCAGAGACAGGUUUUCUCACAUGAAGUUUAAAGCUGUAACCUUUGAAGACUCCCUCUUUAAGAACUGCAAAUUUGAAGAUACCACAUCCUUAACUACCUACUUCAGGAACUGCAGCUUUAUCGAAACUCUUUUCUAUAAUACAGAUCUUGAGGACUCUAAAUUCAUUGAUUGUCAGUUCAUCAACACUACAUUUCUACACAGUAAGAAAGGCUGUCAAAUUAGUUUUGACGAGGACUACAGUGCCUACUGGAUUUAUUUUGUCAACUUCCUAGGAACACUGGCAGUGUUACCAGGCAACAUAGUCUCUGCACUACUGAUGGACAGGAUUGGACGACUGACAAUGUUAGGUGGCUCCAUGGUUCUCUCUGGAAUCAGCUGUUUUUUCCUGUGGUUUGGUACUAGUGAGGCCAUGAUGAUUGGCAUGUUAUGCUUGUACAAUGGUCUGACCAUUUCAGCGUGGAACUCUCUCGAUGUGAUCACCGUGGAGCUUUUGCCGACAGAUAGGAGAGCUACAGGAUUUGGCUUCUUGAAUGCACUGUGCAAAGCUUCGACUGUCAUGGGAAAUCUCAUCUUUGGCUCUUUGGUUGGUAUUACCAAAGCAAUCCCUAUCCUACUCGCGUCCACAGUCCUUGUUUGUGGAGGCCUCGUGGGACUCCGGCUUCCUGAUACAAGAAACCAAGUGCUGAUGUGAUCAGGUAAAGAAACCUGAUCGAUUCUUAGGUGCCCAGCUUUGGUGAUCCAGUGAAAUAUUUGAUUAAAUGGCCUGCAACAUAAGAAAAUAAAACUAAUGUCACACACAAGUACGUCGCCUGGUCCUAUGCUCCCCCGGAGAUUCCUUUCCUGGUGUAUUGAUGCGCUAUCUGAACUAUACUCACACCUUUUUCAUUUAAGAUCAA